CUGUAGAGUGCAGUGGGUUCUUACGAAUUGGUUAUUUAAUAAUUGUGAAAUGUGCAAUUUAUUCAAUUAAAGCCGGGAAAAUGCAAGCGCUGAGAGGUAGGCGCCCCUGGAGAGGGGCGUACUGGAGCAGUUGGAGGCGACUGCUCACCCAGAGCUGCACGGGAAAUGAGACUCCCGAGUUAACCAACGAUGUCAAGCACCGGAUCGAGGCCCACUGGCGGGAGCAGCUCAGUGGCGGGCAGUUCAACCCCAAGGACUCGCAGGACAAGUACUACGUGCUCUCCAUGUUCCCCUAUCCCUCGGGCAAUCUCCACAUGGGCCAUGUGCGCGUCUACACCAUCGCCGAUGCGGUGGCUCGCUUCCAGCGGAUGUGCGGCAAAAAUGUGUUCCAACCCAUGGGCUGGGAUUCCUUUGGUCUGCCCGCCGAGAAUGCUGCCAAUCAGCGGGGAGUGGAGCCCGCAUCGUGGACCGAGCAAAACAUCGCACAGAUGAAGGAUCAACUCAAGCGACUGGGCUGCUCCUUCGAUUGGAACCACGAGCUGUCCACGUGCAGUCCGCAGUACUACAAGUGGACGCAGCACCUGUUCCUCAUGCUGCACCGCCACGGAUUGGCCUACCAGAACGAAGCCCUGGUGAACUGGGAUCCGGUGGAUAAGACGGUGCUCGCCGACGAGCAGGUGGACGCCAAUGGCUGCUCGUGGCGAUCGGGCGCCAAGGUGGAGAAGAAACUGCUCAGGCAGUGGUUCAUCCGGACGAGUGCGUAUGCCAAGCAGUUGCUGGAUGGCCUGGAGGAUCCCACGCUACGUGAUUGGAGGGACAUUAUCAACCUGCAGCGCCACUGGAUCGGAGAAUGCGAUGGCUACGCCUUCAACCUGCUCACCUCCGCCUCUGGAUUGUUACGGGUGUGGACAGCUCAUCCGGAGCACUUAAAGGAUCCCCACGCCUUCCUCGUGCUUCGCAAUAGUCAUCAUCUGGCGAAGCUUGAGGACGCGUCCAGCCUCAGCGCGGAGAAUCCUUUUGCGGGCACCACAAUGCCUGUGGUCUUUGGCGACGAAGUGACCUUCCCACCGAAAUGCGAUGUUUACCUGGCGGCGCCCAGCUUCCGCGGCGAGGACAAGGAGCUGUGGGAGUCCUACGGACUGGCUUUCACUUCCUCCGACAAGGAGGAGUUCAGCUUAAGUCCGGCCAAUUGGGAGCUGUUGAGAAAAGAAGUGCUCCAGGCAGCCGCGCGGCUCAAUGUGGGCGGCUAUCGGGUGUCCUCCAAGCUGAAGGAUUGGUUGAUCUCACGCCAGCGUUAUUGGGGCACCCCGAUUCCCAUUGUACACUGUCAAAAGUGCGGAGCAGUGCCUGUGCCGGAAGAGCAGCUGCCUGUGUCGCUGCCGCCCAGGGAUUCCCCCAAAGAAGCGUUCCUCUGCGAGUGCCCAAAAUGCGGGGAGAAGGAUGCGCGAAGGGAGACGGAUACAAUGGAUACAUUUGUGGACAGCUCCUGGUACUAUUUGCGAUACUUGGAUGCCCAAAACUCAGAGCGCAUCUUUGAACCCACGCUGGCCAACAAGUUUAUGCCCGUGGAUUUGUACAUCGGUGGAAAGGAGCACGCCGUGCUGCAUCUAUACUACGCCCGCUUCAUGAACCACUUCCUGCACAGCUGUGGUCUUUCGCCCACCAGCGAACCCUUCUCCCGCCUGCUGGUUCAGGGCAUGGUCAUGGGUCGCUCCUUCCGGGUGAAGGGCAGCGGACGCUAUGUGCCCGAAUCGGAAGUGGAGAUUGUGAACGCGAAGAAGAACCAGGCGGUGCUGAAGGAAACCAAAGAACCCGUGGUCAUGACCUGGGAAAAGAUGUCCAAGUCAAAGCUGAAUGGCGUGGAGCCCAGUGAUAUGUUCAAUGAAUACGGAACGGACACAACGAGACUGAUCAUCCUGGCCGACGUGGCGCCGACCUCGCAUCGCAACUGGUCCAGCGCAACAUUUCCCGGCAUUCUAAACUGGCAGAAGCGUCUUUGGCUGACCCUGCUGGAUUUCCAAGAGGCUCGCGAGGAUCAAACUCCCUCAGAGGUGGUGGCCACCAGCGAGGAGUUUCUAGCAGAGGAUGCCAAGCUAUUCGAUGCCCGGAACUUCUAUGUGAAAGGAGCCACCUUCAACUACCGCCAUGCACAUCAACUUAGUGUGGCUAUCUCCAAGAUGCAGGGACUAACGAAUUCUCUGAGGCGCACACCAAAGCAUGUCCUGCGACAUGGUAAGCAAUUUGAGCGGGCUCUGGCCGCCCAGAUCAUCAUGCUCGCACCCAUGGCUCCGCACUUCGCCUCCGAACUGUGGUCCAAGUUCGUGGCCAUACCUGGCAGAUUGAACCCCGCCAGCCAGGAGCUGCAGUGGAGCGAGGAUGUGUUGGCGCAACGCUGGCCAGACAUCGAUGCCGCCUACAAUCUGGAUCUUACCAUCAAAGUAAAUGGAUUCGAGAAUUGUGUAAUCAAAGUGCAGCGCACGCACUUGGAUAAGGUGACGCACAGCGAUGCCCUGGACAUUGCCUUCAACACGGAAUCGGUGACAUCAUACCUUAUCGAUAAGAAAAUACGCACCACCAACUUUGUGCUCUAUCCGGGCAUCGAGGCCAUCCUGAAUAUCUAUGUGGAUAAGGCGCAAAAGGCUCAAAAGCCGGCGAGCAGCGACGAUGCCGAGGCGCAGCCUGGGGCGUAGGACUUAUACUUAAGAAUGGGUCAGGAGGAGCAUUAGAAGCAAUACAGACCAAAACUCUAUUAGUGGAACCGAACGGCUUUCGGAGCUGAGCGGGUUCGACCCGCCCAAAUGCAUUUCCCGUGUUGGCCAGAAAGACGCCAUCCCAGAUUGGUACUUUUUAAUCAUGUUUAAUGUUAAAUAUUUAUAAAAAUUGGACUAGUUGUAAGCAGCUGCUUUACAGGAUUGGUAAAUGCCUAGGAUCAUAGGAAUAUAAUGGUUGCUCUAUCUGUGCGCCUCUAUCUAAAAGCCA